GGCGCCUGGGACCUGUUGGAAAUGACAGCUGAAGAAGGCGGAUUGAAGCACAGGGAUCAAAAUAACAGUAAACGUAGAAGAUAGCGAAGAAACUCACCGUAUAAAGGGGUUGUAGAGAUGGACUCGCUGAUGAGUGCGGUGGCGCCGCGCUCCCCAGCCCCUGCCAAGAAGCUGUCCGAGGUGGACUUCCGGUCCGGAGCCACUCUGGAACAGCUGUCGGCCCAGGUGUCUGAGCUGGUUCUACUGGAGCAGGGGGAGUUUGGAGAUCAGACCGCCUUAGAGGUCCACACCGCCAAGGACUUCAUCUUCAACAUGCUGGGCUUAGUCCAGAAGGUGGACCAGCGCCUCCCGGUGGCCAACGAGUACCUUCUGCUGUCAGGCGGCGCCCGCGAAGGCGUCUUGGACCUCAACCCCGAAGACUUGGGCGACUACGCCAAAGGGGCCGACUUCGACCUGGACUUCACCCUGCUGGUUCCCGCCCUGAAGCUCCACGACCGCAACCAGCCCGUCACCCUGGACAUGAGACACUCCCCGCCCUGCCACUCGUGGCUCAGCCUCCGCCUCUGCGACUCGGCCAUCCUGUCACGCUGGGACAUCUGCUGCCAGGAGGAGAAUGGUCUUCCCACCGAGGAAGACGACGAAGAAGAAGAGGGAGAAAUGGGUAAAGCCUCCAUCCCCACGCUAUGCUCUCCCCAGUCUCUGGAUGGAUGCUACUUCUCCCCCAGCCUGGUGACAGACUGGUUCUGGGGGGUGGUGAGCGAGGCGGUGGAGGAGCUGAGACGAAGCCCGCAGAGAGGCAUCCCAACACCUGACCGCCUGGAGAGGAACGGGCCGCUUACCACCAUCAUCCUCCAGGCAGGCUCUAGCCGGGUGCUGUACGACCUGCUACCUGUGGUGUCGUUUCGGGGCUGGCCUGCUGUGGCUCAAGGCUGGCUGACAGCCAACCACUUCUGGGACGGUAAAAUCACAGAGGAGGAGGCCAUAUCUGGCUUCUAUCUGCUGCCCUGCUGCUCCCCACUGGGUGGCCGGCCCGACAGGGAGUGGAGACUCGCCUUCUCCCGCAGCGAAGUUCAAUUGAAGAAGUGCAUCCCCUUCCCCAUGGCUCAGGCUUUCCAAGCAGCCAAAGCCGUGCUGGCUCGUAUCCUGGCCCGUCCUCGCACAGGUCUCAGCCUCUACCACCUCCGUACUCUGCUAUUCUGGGCCUGCGACCGACUCCCCUCCGCCUACCUGUCCAGCUCCGACCCCGACACUCCCGGCCGCCUCCUCUUGGGCCUCCUGGACGACCUCGCCCACUGCAUCUUGGGUAAAAACUGCCCCAACUACUUCCUGCCCCAGUGCAACAUGCUGGAGCACCUGACCGACAGCCAGGCGCUGCUCGUCGCCAGGAAACUUGCCCACGUGCGCUCGGAUCCCAGCGAGCACCUCCGGGCGGCUCUGGACCAAGCUCAGCAGGCGGGCCAGCUGAAGAAGGAGCUAGCGACGAGCACCAACGGACACGGAUCCCCCGGGCACCACCCGGCCAACGGCAUCAUCUCGCCUUCGGAGGACAAGCUGGCGCAGCGGCUACAGCAGCUGGUCACGGAGAAUCCCGGAAAAUCCAUAUCCGUCUUCCUCAACCCCGAUGAUGUCACCAGGCCGCACUUCCGCAUCGACGACAAGUUCUACUGAAGCAGACACGCUGCGGAGAAGAAAUGCGGGAAUGUGUGUUUAGCUUACACACACAUGCGCUCUGUGACUGAUCUGUCACAUCAGAGGAGACGGAGACUAAAAAAAAAAACCAGGCGGGUGUUUCUCUUUAAAAUCACCGCAGGCCUGAAACUGAACACACUCCUGCUUUACCAUCCUGAGGCUGAACCAUAACAGCAACACAGCCCCCUCGCUGCUUAACUGACUCUCUAAACCAAAAAAAAAAAAAAAACACUUCAUGUCCUACUACUGACACAAUGACAUGACGUCCAAGUUUUGACAGCACAACAGACAAGAUGUCACCGAGCUGUUGCCACGGAGAUGGCCCAUUCCUAACGAGCUGGCCUUAACUAGACUUACGAGCCGGCGCUCCAAAGACGAAGGAGCAGGCUUUUAGUCAUGUAAAAGAAGUCGAGUGAAUUUGAAUUUCACACAAAGAGCGUGUGUAUGUGUGUAUAUGUACGCCUAAGUCUUUUCACAUAUUACUUACUUCUAAAGACAGAUGGAGAAAAGCUUCUUGAUCGCUGCUUUUCUCUCCUUUUUACUUUUUGGCCCCUGAUAUCAGAGUGGGCGAUGGCUGAACUACUGUAAAAAGGAAAAACAAGGUGUGGCUGAUGUAACUGAAUGUAAUGUUGUGAGAACUGCCGAGUCCUUGAACAAAGAGUCUGUUUUCUCUUUCAACUCCAUUUUUUUUUUCCUUUUUCUUUUUUGACCCCCACGCCUCUCACGACGGCAUCUUUUUUCACUUUUUUUAAUCUUUCUCAGGUAUUCACAACGCUCCUCCUUUUUCAUUUUAAAACGUAAACAAGUCCCUUUGAAGGUCUUUUAUCAUAUUUCAAUGCCGCUAACAUUUCAUCGGGUGAUGGAGAUGUACCAAAGAGUUAGGUUUGACUGAACCGGUGUUGCAAAGAGAAUCAUACAUCUUACAUAUCUGGAAAUCUUUGGUCUAACUUGAUGAAAUCUACC